GCCACAUGGCCCUUUAUGGAUCAGGUUUGAGACCCCUGGUCUAGAGACAGAGUGAGGUGAACGAUACCAAUCUGGGUCCAUUACCAGAUUGUAAUCCCCAGAUAACACAAGAUGGUGAGUGUCUAGGUUAGGAAUAGAGCUUAGCAUCCUCUUAAAAAAACACUCAUCACUGUUGGGGGCAUAAAUAUUAACUAAUAUGACAGGGAGUUGAAAUAGCUUUCCUACCACCAUCACAUAUCUACCAUUUGGAUCGGAAAUAGUGUUAGUGACAUUAAAUUGAAUAUUUUUAUGAGUAAGGAUGGCUACUCCUCUACUUUUACUGUCAAAUUUUGAAUGAAACAUCUGGCCAACCCAAUCUUUAUGAAUCCUAAGAUGAUCUCUAUUUCGAAGAUGAGUUUCCUGUAGCAUUGCUAUGCCCACACCAAGAUGUUGUAGAUGUGAGAGAACCUUUUUCCUUUUUACCAUAUAAUUGAGACCCUUAACAUUCCAACUUGUAAUAUUCACAUCCCUGUUACCUGAGAUUGAAUUGGAAGUAUCAUGUGCCAUUAGGGCUAAACACUUGAAAUAUAUCAAUGUUGAUCCAUCUUGAAUGAUUUAAGAUAUUAAUGGAUGCACAAAAGAAAUUAAAAACAUAUACAGAAAACACGCAUAGUAACAAUGCACAUGUAAUGAACAAAACCCUAGUGCCAUAAAAUGACAACCCCCCCUUAAACAUGUUGAAUUUCCGCAAACUCUCAUUUGCGUCCCUCCUGCUGUUUAACAAGCAUUUAACAUUGUGAACCUCGAACGCCGUCUGAUAUGUCAGUGAAGCCUACUAAAUCGCUAUCGUACAAAUCUAGUGAUUACAGUGGAGAGGAAAAAGUCUUUGACCGUAUGCUCAUAACAUAUGUCUUAAUCAAUUGCAUGAAGGCCGGUCGUGGUUCAUGGAACGUAAUAACAUAUAAUGAAAUAUUUCCUUUCCCCCUGGUCAAGCUAGGUAGGAGUAGCCUAGCAUAUCAAUCUUACAUUUGACCUGUCACCUUAAUUGUCCUCGGGAAGACCUGAAGCUGGAGAUUGAGAAGACCCAGCGAUGUUGUUGCUGAUGAAAGCAAGAGCCUCCCGGGGAUCGGUGAACCUCAUAUUCUUAUUGUUGUGGCUCAACUGCAGUGUGGCCGGGUAGUACAUAGCGAACUUGAUCUUGGCUGUGUGAAGCAUCUGUUUGGAUUUGGAGAAGGCGGCGCGUCGCUUGCUGACAUCUGGGCUGAAGUCGGGGAAAAUAUGGACUCUCGAUCCAUUGUAGGUAUACAGGAGCAUGCAGUGUGAACAAUACAUUGAUGCCAAAAGAGAGAUGCAUGUGAAUUGGAUGAGGUAUGUGAAUUGUGCCCGUAAUGAAGAAGAACAGAAUCUUGUGGCAUUUCGGUAUCGAGGGGGAAUUUUGUAUCGUUGCUGUCGACCCAUUAACCCAGGACAUGAGCUCUUGGUGUGGUAUGAAGAGGAGUACACCAAAGAACUCAGUCCUGCACCUACAGGAACAACCAGACAGCAAGAAGUAAAGAACACUGAAGGAAAGAGCGCACUGCUGCAAGUCUUUUCCUGCUCCGCAUGUCCUCGUUCCUAUUCACCUCAAAUUUACCUCGACAAACACAUCCAGAGAUGCCACUAUAAAGAGUAUGUGGGACUACGGGAAUCAGGAGAGAUUAAAUAUGAGCUUGAGAUCCCCUCCAGAUGUCAGCCAACAUCAACUAAUACUCUCAGUUCUGACACUUCUCAUAAUGGUAUACAGAAGGAAAUUCACCACUGCUCAGACUGUGGAAAGAGUUUUGGUUAUCAGGGUGCAUUCAAGACGCACCAGCGCAUUCACACAGGAGGAAAGCCACAUCACUGCUCACAGUGUGGUAAGAGUUUUACUGGACAGAGUGCUCUCCAACAACACCAGCGCAUUCACACAGGAGAGAAGCCGUAUCACUGCUCACAGUGUGGGAAGAGUUUUACUGGACAGAGUGAUCUCCAAACACACCAGCGCAUUCACACAGGAGAGAAGCCGUAUCACUGCUCACAGUGUGGGAAGAGUUUUACUGGACAGAGUGAUCUCCACCGACACCAGCGCAUUCACACAGGAGAGAAGCCGUAUCACUGCUCACAGUGUGGGAAGAGUUUUACUCUGCAAGGUCAUCUCCAACAACACCAGCGCAUUCACACAGGAGAGAAGCCGUAUCACUGCUCACAGUGUGGGAAGAGUUUUACUCGGCAGAGUAAUCUCCAACGACACCAGCGCGUUCACACAGGAGAGAAGCCGUAUCACUGCUUACAGUGUGGGAAGAGUUUUACUCUGCAAGGUCAUCUCCAACGACACCAGCGCAUUCACACAGGAGAGAAGCCGUAUCACUGCUCACAGUGUGGGAAGAGUUUUACUCAGCAGAGUAAUCUCCAGCAACACCAGCGCAUUCACACAGGAGAGAAGCCGCAUCACUGCUCACAGUGUGGGAAGAGUUUUACUCAGCAGAGUUAUCUCCAACGACACCAGCGCAUUCACACUGGAGAGAAGCCGCAUCACUGCUCACAGUGUGGGAAGAGUUUUACUCGGCAGAGUAAUCUCCAACGACACCAGCGCAUUCACACAGGAGAGAAGCCAUAUCACUGCUCACAGUGUGGGAAGAGUUUUACUGGACAUAGUUAUCUCCAAACACACCAGCGCAUUCACACAGGAGAGAAGCCGAAUCACUGCUCACAGUGUGGGAAGAGUUUUACUCACGAGAGUGCUCUCCGACGACACCAGCGCAUUCACACAGGAGAGAAGCUGCAUCACUGAUCACAGUGUGGAAAGAUGUUCACUUAUUCAGUUACAUUUAAGACCUACAAGUACACUAACUCGGAGACAUUGCAUGAUUUAAAGUAGUCACAUUAAAUAUGGUUAUGAUUGUUUUGGCUGAAAGUGACCUGUAAUUUGAAAUUUAUUGUUCAUGUUACAUGACUUUUAAAAUAUGUACUUUUUAUAGUGAUGUUUAAAACAAGAUUAUUCAUGUUUUCUUUUGACCUUAAGUAAUCAUUAAUUACCACUGUACAAGUAACGAUUAAACUGCAAUUCUCAUCAGUGUAGUGCUGCAGCAUGAGACUAAUUGUUAAUGGAAUUAUUACUGAUCAGGAGUUUAACAUUACUAUGUUUAACAAAAAUGUGGUUCAAACCAAAUGACUAUGGAGCAGUGAAAUGAUGCUCGUCCAGCUAUAUGCAUCCGCCUCGCCUCACUGGUAGAAGAGAAGGCAUCGGUUAUUUAUAAUCAUAAUCUAGGAGUCGUACAAAAACCUGAACAAAAAUUCAGUCUGUUUGAAGUUCUUUAUCCUAACAUAUGUAGCUAAAAAAAGUCUAUGCAGUUGAUUCAGCUCAUUAU